AUGGGAGGCUGGGUGACUCGCGCGAUCAGGAACUUCAAUAUAGAGAAUCGGGCUGAAAGGGAGAUCAGCAAGAUGAAGCCUACUCUGGCUCCCAAGCACGGCUCCACGAAGAACCUACUUCGAGAGGAGAUGAGCCGCCAUCCAGAAAUUAAAAGAGAAAUUGCAAGAAGAGAUGACAAGCUGCUUUCAUUACUAAAAAAUAUUUAUGUUGAUUCCAGAGACCCUGUUUCUUCUGUGCAGGCUAAAGAUGGUGGAACACGUCAAGAGCCAAAGGAGUUCAGAUUGCCAAAAGGCCAUCAUCACGUUGACAUGGUGAAUAUUACAAACAUUCCCAAAGGCAAAAUUUCAAUUGUAGAGGCAUUGACACUUCUCAAUAAUCAUAAACUUUACCCAGAUACAUGGACGGCUGAGAAAAUAGCGCAAGAAUACCAUCUAGAGCUGAAAGAUGUAAAUUCCCUUCUCAGAUACUUUGUUACUUUUGAAGUCAAAAUCUUUCCUUCUGGAGACAAGAAAGCAAUACAACCAAAAUGA